AUGGCGUCGGUACAUCAGAAUGGCCACCUCAAUGGGGUCAAUGGCGCCUCGGAUGGCGUGUACGCGAGCAAGCGAUUCGCUGAUGUGCCAGCAACACUCGACAUCCCCGUACAAGAUCAAGAAGAUGAGGCCGUCGAGAUCGAUUUGACGAAUUUGAUGGAUGAUCCCUCCGAUCUAUGCGAUCUCUUCGAGGCUGAGCAUGCCGCUCGGACAUAUUGGAUGGCUGUCGCCUUGGCUUAUGCUAAACAGAGGAAAGUCGACUAUGCCAUUGAGACACUGAUUCGCGGUAACGCUCUCCAGACAAUCAACCAGCGUGACAAGUUGAGUCUGGUCAGCUGUCUCUGCUGGAUGUACCUGUGGAAGAGCCGUGACGCACCUCGAGUCGCGCCAGAAGGACAGCUCGCGUCCGAGGCCAAGACCAAAGAAUACUACCUACAACAAGCAACCGCGACCCUCAACGAGGCUUCACGAAUCAAUCCAGCAUUUCCACCACUAUUCCUUGCGCGUGGCGUCCUCUAUCUGCUUCGCGCGUCGCUACAACCGCCUUCAAAAUCAGGCGGUACAGGUGCUAUCGAUCCAGAGAAGGCAGAGCUGUUGCGCUCCGCUCUCAAGUCCUUCGAGGAUGCCAUCCGGGUCUCAUUUGGCAAGAACAUGUUAGCUGUCAUGGGAAAAGCAAGGGCCCUGUUCUCCAUGGCAAAAUACCCAGAGGCGCUGUCGGCAUACCAGGAUGUAUUACAGAAAAUGCCCGACAUGGUCGACCCUGAUCCAAGAAUUGGCAUUGGAUGCUGCUUCUGGCAGCUCGGGUUCAAAGAUGAUGCAAAGACUGCUUGGGAGAGAGCGUUGGAGAUCAAUCCUGACUCAAAGGUCGGAAACAUCCUUCUUGGACUGUUUUACCUCGACAGCAGCGGCCACGUUCCCACCAACAGCCCUGAUUUCAUUCGACUUUACAAGAAGGCUAUGACGGAAUACACCCAACGGUCCUUCAAGCUUGACAAAGACUUCCCGCUGACUUGCGCCACCUUUGCUGGAUACUUCUUGUCCAGAAAGAACUAUGCAAACGUGGACAGCCUGGCACAUAAGGCGAUUCAGUACACCGAUGUGAACGCUGUCGCCAGUGAUGGCUGGUAUCUGCUGGCUCGCAAGGAGCAUUAUGCCGGUGAUGCGGAUCGUGCAAGCGACUAUUACAAACGCGCCGAUGAUGCGCGAGGAGGCGACCAGCGUGGAUACUUGCCGGCCAAGUUCGGCCAGGCACAGCUUUUGGUCAUGAAGAAUGACCUCCCUGGAGCAAGAUACCAUCUCGAGAAAAUGAACAAACAGGUUCGGAAUCACGAAACCAUGACACUGCUUGGGACCAUUUACGCAGAGGAAGUUUUCGCCAAUGAGGCCGCUACUGUCAAGGAGAACAAGACCAACGAGGCCAAGCAAGCCAUGAUUCUACUAGAGGGCGUCAGAUCUGCGUGGAAGGAUCCCCAGAGGAAUGUUGCUCCUGACGCUUCGGUGCUUCUGAACCUCGCUCGGCUAUACGAGACCGAACACCCGGACAAGGCCCUGCAAUGUUUGCAACAGGUGGAACAAAUGGAGCUCGACCAAAUCCCCGAUUCUGCCAUCCCUGAUGAUAUCACUGACGAGAUUGCGAAAAAGGCAGCCAAGCGAAGGCUGCUUUCUCCGCAACUUCUCAACAACAUUGGCUGCUUCUACUCCCAGGCGGAGAAACACGAGCUUGGGAGCGAGUUGUUUGAGGUUGCUCUAGACUCUUGCAUGAGAAUCGAGGAGACUGGUGACAACGAGGACAUGGAUACUGAUGCCCUCGUCACCACAAUCAGCUUCAACCUUGGGCGAAGCUAUGAGUCGAGGGGCUUGGUCGAGAAGGCCGUUGAUAUCUACGAGCGUCUUCUUAAGCGCCACGAUGACUACACUGACGCCCGAACUCGCUUGGCAUACAUCAAGCUGCGAAAGAAUCCGAAUAAAGAGGGACCCGAAGCUGUUUCGAAACUCUACAACGAGCAGCCAUCUGACGCCGAGGUCAGGGCGCUUUAUGGUUGGUAUCUCAGUAAGGUCACGUCCAAGAAGAGGCCACAGAAUCUGAAUGAAGACCACGAGUACCGCACUUUCAAGCGGACCCUGCAGCAACUUGAUAAGCAUGAUCGAUACGCCUUGGUCUCUAUGGGCAACAUGCACCUUUCGCAUGCCAGAGAAACACGACUCCACACGGAGGCCGACAAACAGAGGCGGGAGAAGGAGUACAACAAAUCAGUGGAGUUCUUCGACAAAGCCUUGCAACUGGACCCCAACAACGCGUACGCCGCUCAAGGUAUGGCCAUCGCACUGGCGGAAGCAAAGAAAGAUUACAGAACAGCCCUGUCGAUCCUGCUUCAGGUUCGCGAGACGAUCAAGGAUGCGAACGUGUACAUGAAUCUCGGCCACACUUACCACGAGCUGAAGCAAUACUCCAAGGCAAUCGAGAGCUACGAGAUCGCCCUGUCCAAGGAGGGAAAAUCCAGAGAUACCAUGCUCAUCUCAUGUCUGGGCCGAACCUGGCUGAGCAGAGGAAAAGCCAGUAUCUCAGUUGCACACGGCCAAAAGAUUCCACCUGAAAUCAAUGCCUACUACAAGGCGCUGGAGCUUGCAAAGAAGGCCCUGGAAAUUGCCCCGGAGCAAGUCCAUUUCAAGUUCAACGUGGCGUACGUCCAGAUUCAGUUGGCCAUGACGUUGAGAGACAUGGCAGAGACGGACAGGACGUUGCAGCAACUUCAAGAGGCUGCGGAAGGGUUGGAAUCUGCGAUCACGACGCUAGGCGAGGUUGCCAACCGGCCAGACACUCCUUUCCCCAAACACGAGUUGGAACAGCGUGCGAACAUGGCCCAGAACACACAAAGGAACCAGCUGCAGCGCGCAAUCGACCAGCAGAAGCAAUACGAGGAGAAGAACAAGGAGAAGAUCCAAGCAGCUCUGGAGCAGCGGCAAGCUGAGCAGCGGCGCCGUGAGGAAGAGAGGCGCAAGGCGGAAGAAGCAGAGUUCGCACGGAAGGAGAAGAUCCGCAAAGAACGCGAGGAAAUCGCAGCGCGGGACCGAGCGAUUGCUGAGCGCCGUGCGCAAGAAGAGCGCGAGAGGCUCGAGGCCGAGAUGACCGAAGACAGCGCGGGCGAGCGAGUGAAGCGGAAGCGCAAGCCAGCGGCGCGGUCGAAGGGCGAAGGUGGUGAUCGCAAACGCCGGUCGAAGAAGAGGAGGGACGAGGACGAGGGCGGAGAGGAUGGCGAGGGCGACUUUUCGGAAGAGGAGCAGCAGCGCGAGAGGCAGCCUAAGAAGAAGAGGCGUCUCACCAAGAAGGAGAACAGCAAGUACAAGUCGGCGGAAUUCAUCAACGAUAGUGACGCAGACUCGCCAGCCCCGUCGCAGAAGGAGGACUCACCGGUGUCGGCCAUCUCAUCGCCGGAGCCGCAGCCAGACUCGGACGACGAGGGUGGUGCGGGCCGGAUGGACGUGGACAGGACUGCAUCUCCUGGUGGGGCGAGAGGCGCUGCAGGCGAGGACGACGAUGAGGAGGAAGGUGGCGUGCAGCGACGGAAGCGUGCGAGGAGGGGUCGUGUGCUUGAGAGUGACGACGAGGCCGACGACGACGAGGCGCCUGCGCCAGAGAAGGCGUCACCAGGAGCGGAUGCUGGUCGGGCAGAUACCACCAUGGCUGACGGAUCUGAUGACGAGUGA